UCAGAGCUGUGAAAGUGGCGGAGGCGGACAUUGUUGUGGUAACAGUCCAGCCCCAGAGGAUGAGCAGCGAUGAUGCACUUACCGUGAUCGGAUAAACGAUGAGAUUGGAUUUUGGUUUAUUUAGUUUUCGCUUGUUUUUUUUAUCUAAAGAAUGAAUUGUUUUUGAAAAAGCUGCUGCACCGACACCACCACCUGGGAACGGAGUUCAUUCAGCCGUGGUGAACAGAGCCCAGCCUGCUGAGACGAUGCCAGCGACGUAAAAUCACAACAUCUGCAGCAGGGUGUGCAUCCGAGGCUGCUGGAUUAAGCCUCCGUGGAUCAACCGGGCCUUUUUUUACAUUCAGCAGGCCCACACAAGAGCCCAUCGGACGGCUACUGUCUUCAAAGUACUGCGAAAGGAGGUAACAUCGGGACAGUUGUGUUCCUGGAGGCCUUUGGAGCACACAGCUUGCUGUUGCGAGGAUGACAGAUUGACAUUAAUGGGGGUUUCAUCCACGACCUCAUUAAGACAUCAUCCACGAAAAACAGCCACCGGGUUCAGCACACAUAAGGACUGGAGUCACAGCGCCUUGAAGGAAUCCAUCUAAGUAAAGAAAUCACAUGUUUGCGCCAUGAUUUGGCCUCCGGUGCUCUAGUAAUUGCAUAGUCUACAUAUAUAUCUUGAAAAUAUGCAGAGGAGGAGGAUGUGAUGGCUCUGUGUUGAGCAUUGAAGCAUCCAGCUACAUCUCUCUUUCUACAGAUUCUCAGGUAGCCUACAAUUUAGGUGUAGAUUUUUGUAAUAGAAAAUGGGUAGCGAAGGGGAGAUAAUAAACAGAGAACUGUCAAAGAUGUCUGACGACGAUUUGCUGGCGUGCUCCAAAGAGGAGCUGGUGAGCCGGCUGCGUAAAGAGGAGACAGAGAAAAUAUCAGCCCUCAUUCAGCGUGGACGGCUGAUAAAAGAGGUCAAUAAACAGCUUCAGGGACACCUCAUUGAAAUCAGGGAACUGAAAGUCAUCAAUCAGCGCCUGCAGGAGGAAAACGUGGAGCUGCGGGACCUGUGCUGCUUCCUGGACGACGACCGGCUCAAAGUGAAGAAGCUGUCCAGGGAAUGGCAGCUGUUCGGGCAUCACGCAGCCAAAGUGAUGCGGGAGGAUCUGGGCGGUUACUUGAAAAAGCUGGCCGACCUGGAGCGUAUGCAGGACGGGCUGGUGAAGGAGAAUUUGGACCUGAAGGAGCUGUGCCUGGUUCUGGAGGAGGAGUGUGUCAGCAGGAGUGACUCCAGCCCCGGGGGGUCGAGUGAGCUCAACCUGCCCUGCAUGGUGGUCCGGGACCUGGGGGACGGGUCCUCCAGCACCGGCAGCGUGGGGAGCCCGGACCAGCUGCACCUGGUGUGCUCUCCUGAUGACUGACGCCAGGUUCAUGUCAAAUAAGGAAAUCGUAGGGGUGAUUAAUGGAGACACAGACGCUUUGUCAGACAAUACAAAUCAAUUUGGUGCAAAUCAAGCAUUAGGGCUUUCUGAAUGCUGCAACGAUGUGUUUGCCACUAGGUUUUCACUUGACAAAGAAUCUACCACUAUGAACUAUUUCAGGACUUUACAGAGACAAUGACUAGAUGUUUUCCAGAUGAUAGUGUAUCUACAUUUUACAGUAUUUUUUUUCUAAUGACUCCUCUGUUUUGGGGAAAUUCUCCUUUUUCAGUGGUCUGUUGUCUAAAAAAAGAAAAAAAGAAAUGGGACCAAAAAAGUGGGUCACAUAAAAUUAUCUCAUGCACUGGAAUAGCCUACACUGGUAGAAGCCUUUUUUCUAUUGCACUGGACAGCGUUACAAUGGAUCUUUAAAUCACUGAUCUAAAGAGACAUUUCAAUCCAGUUUUGAGCCAUAUUUAGUCCACUGAAUUCCAAUAGCACUGAAAAAGAUGAGUUGUGAUAAAAGAAAAAAAAAGAAACUAUUUGAUAUUUGCUUUUGCUAGAUGCCCAAUAAUGUGUAAUAUUUGAUGCACUCUCUUCCUCAGGACAGGAUUGGAGUGCCAUAUGUGCAUGAUGAUUGUCACAAUGUGUACAGGCCUGUUAACCAGUCUGAUGUGAAGGCCCUUCAGGUUUCAUGUGGGUGGGGCUGCUGUGCAUAAGGAUCGAGAGCCUGGGCAGAGCCAGCACACGGGUCAUAACGUUUAGGAUCAGACAUGAUAGAUGUCCUUGGACCUCACUCAGAGCUGAAGCGAACAAGUUCUGUCACUUUUUUAAAAAUCCAACUGGAAACUCUUUGUAUCAAACUGGAAGGUCUACAACUUUUAAGGAUUUGUAUUCUAUUCAAGCUGUUUAAAUCCACUUGUAUUACAUUUUUUAUUACAUUGUUUUCGAUGUUCAAUUAGCAUAUCACAGAGUUUGUUUAAGUUGGCGACAGUCAGCUUUGUCUUCUGUAUCUCAUGCUUUGUAUUUACUCUGUAACAUUAGGGAUAGUCUUAACUUUGACCUUUCUUUUUCUUGAUUUAUCUGUAUUAACUUGCAUAACUAACCAAUUUCAGUUAAAUCAUAGAUAAUGCACAUGGAUUAGAAAAGAUUUAUUUUGUCGUUAGCUGUUUUAUUGGUGGGCUAUGCUCGUAGUGCAUUGAAGAGCUUUAAAUACAGUGGGUAUGAUGACACUUCGACUGUUCUGACCUUUCUUUGUGUGUUUGACUUUGCAGAAACAAGCAUUUACACAUGACAUAGAAACAAAGGAUUGAUUUCUGCACUUGUUUUUGACCUUCAUGUCUAAAUGACUGCGCGUGAUUGAUGUUCCAGCCAUGUCACACAUACUGACUUUAUGGAUGUUCAUCAGUUUUAUUUUUGGAUCCCUAUUUGCAUAUUGUGGAGGGCUGAAGAGGGCAGUAAUGCUUUCUGCCACUUAGUGAUGCACGAAAGUCCUUUGACGGCAGCACACAUGCUGAUUUCUUCAUGCUUUAUAGUGCUCUCACUCUGACUCUCGUUCCAUCUCGUUUUUCUCUCUAACCCCAUUUUAGUAGAGCAAUCCAAUGCCCUCUGAGCCGUGUAUGUAUUAGCAUGAGAUUCACUUCAUUUUGGGAGACAGAACACAGUGUUCACAUUCUCAGUGUAAUUUGCAGCCAUCAAAUGCUUUUAUCAAGUGUCAGUAAAAGAGUUGUGAUUGUUUU